UUAUAUUUUGAAAAAGUACUCACACGAACUUGCAUCCAAUACGAGUAUGGCUUUGUCAAUCACACUCUUUCUUCUAGCAUCGUUAUUGUCUUUCCAAAUUUCAUCUUCAUCAUCAUCAUUGAGAAAGGGAUCUUCCCUCUCAGUGGAAAAUCCACAACACGUUCUUGUGUCACCAAAUGGCAUGUUCAGUGCUGGCUUCCUUGCCAUUGGUGAGAACGCAUAUUCAUUUGCAAUAUGGUUCACUGAGCCUCAUUUCCACAGCCCCAACACCGUCACUUGGAUGGCAAACCGUGACCAACCCGUGAAUGGGAAGGGCUCGAAACUUUCCCUCACACACGCCGGCAACAUAGUUUUGGUUGAUGCUGGUUUUAACACUGCUUGGUCUUCAAACACCGCUUCAUUAGCCCCAGCUGAGUUGCAUCUCAAAGAUGAUGGCAAUCUUGUGUUACGUGAGUUGCAAGGAACCAUUCUGUGGCAAAGUUUUGAUUUCCCAACUGAUACUCUCGUUCCUGGCCAACCUCUUACCAGACACACGCUACUUGUGUCUGCAAGAAGCGAGAGUAACCAUUCAUCUGGUUUCUAUAAGUUUUUCUUCAGCGAUGAUAACAUUCUUCGUCUUGUCUACGAUGGCCCUGAUGUUUCCAGCAAUUACUGGCCGAAUCCCUGGCAAGUAAGUUGGCACAUUGGAAGGACUCUAUUCAAUAGUAGUAGAAUUGCAGCGUUGAAUUCUCUGGGCCGAUUCCGUUCAUCAGAUAAUUUCACUUUUGUGACAUUUGAUUAUGGGAUGGUGCUGCAGAGAAGGUUGAAAUUGGAUUCUGAUGGUAAUCUCCGAGUUUAUGGUCGAAAAAGUGCAGUAGAGAAAUGGUAUGUUUCAUGGAAAGCAAUUCGAAAUGAUUGUAUAAUUCAUGGGGUUUGUGGACCCAACAGCACUUGUGGUUAUGAUCCAAAGAGUGGAAGAACAUGCAAGUGUCUUCCAGGGUACAGAUUGAGGAAUCACAGUGAUUGGUCAUAUGGGUGUGAACCCAUGUUUGAUCUCACUUGCAAUUGGAACGAGACCACUUUCUUGGAGAUGCGCGGUGUUGAGUUUUAUGGCUAUGAUAAUUAUUAUGUAGAAGUUAGUAACUAUAGUGCUUGUGAGAAUUUGUGCCUGCAAAAUUGCACUUGUCAGGGAUUUCAGCACUCCUAUAGCCUAAGAGAUGGCCUCUAUUACAGGUGCUAUACCAAAACAAAAUUCCUCAACGGACAGCGUUUACCAAGAUUCCCAGGAACAACAUACUUGAGAAUUCCUAAAAGUUAUAGUUUAUCUGUCAAAGAAUCUGCUAUUGACAGUGUAGAUGAUCAUCAUGUUUGUUCAGUUCAACUUCAAAGAGCUUAUAUCAAAACACUUGAAAGCCGUGUUGUGAGGGUUUUGCUGUGGUUUGCUGCCGCACUCGGAGCUUUUGAAAUGGUUUGCAUUUUUGUGGUUUGGUGCUUCCUCAUUAGGACAGGCCAAAAGUCUAAUGCAGAUCAACAAGGCUACCAUCUUGCAGCAACAGGAUUCAGAAAGUUUAGUUACUCAGAGCUGAAAAAGGCUACAAAGGGGUUCAGUCAAGAGAUUGGAAGAGGUGCAGGAGGGGUUGUGUACAAAGGCAUUUUAUCAGAUCAAAGACACGCAGCAAUUAAGAGACUCAAUGAAGCUAAACAAGGAGAAGGAGAAUUCCUUGCUGAAGUGAGCAUCAUUGGAAGGCUCAACCACAUGAACUUGAUUGAAAUGUGGGGAUAUUGUGCUGAGGGAAAGCAUAGGUUGUUGGUGUAUGAGUACAUGGAGAAUGGCUCUUUGGCACAAAAUCUCUCAUCCAACACACUUGGUUGGAGUAAGAGAUACAACAUUGUUCUGGGAACGGCAAGGGUUCUAGCAUAUCUGCAUGAAGAAUGCUUGGAGUGGAUUUUGCAUUGUGACAUAAAGCCACAAAACAUACUCCUAGAUUCCAAUUAUCAGCCCAGGUUGGCAGACUUUGGUUUGUCUAAGCUCCUCAACAGAAAUAACCCCAACAAUCCAAGCAUCUCAAUGAUCAGAGGCACAAGAGGAUAUAUGGCACCUGAGUGGGUUUUUAACCUGCCUAUCACAUCCAAGGUAGAUGUUUAUAGCUAUGGAAUUGUUGUUUUGGAAAUGGUAACUGGGAAAAGCCCAACAACUAGUAUCGAUGACAUUAAUGGUGAAGAGACAUAUGAUGGAAGGUUGGUGACAUGGGUGAGAGAAAAAAGGAGCAACAGCAACACAUCUUGGGUGGAGCAAAUAAUAGAUCCUGUUAUUGGACUAAAUUAUGAUAAAAGUAAGAUUGAAAUUUUGAUCACAGUGGCUUUAAAAUGUGUACUGGAAGACAGAGAUUCAAGGCCCAACAUGAGCCAAGUAGUUGAGAUGCUUCAAUGUCACGGAAGUGAUUCUCAUUGAUAAUUCGGUAGUCUCAUUCUUCAUCGUUAAUUUCAACAUAGUACAUAUCAUAGCUAGAUAAUUUUUACUUAAAUUUCAUUGUUCUGGAAUUACGUAAGUUUUCUUUGUUUUUUUUAUGAGUAUCUUCUUUCGGAGACAA